AAGCGGACAACAUGGGCGGAGAAAGGGGCGCCCGGGCGAGAUCCCGCAGAACCAAGCUCCCAGGAGUUGGGGGCGGGGCUUCUGCUUUGGUUGCUGGUACCGGGUUGCCUGACUGAGCUCCACCCCCAGCCAGCCCCUGCCCAUAUAUCUUGUGACUACGGCGGUCGCGUCUUCCUUCCUUGCGCUUGGAAGCUCUUUAGCAGCUAUGCGUUUCUUGGCCGUCGCUUGGCUGCUCCUGGCUCUCAGCGCCUCCGCCCUGGCAGAGCCGGUGCAUUUCAAGGACUGCGGUUCCGAGGUUGGAGUUAUAAAGGAAGUGAAUGUGAGCCCAUGCCCCAUCCAGCCCUGCCAUCUGCAGAAAGGAGAGUCUUACACCGUCAAUGUCACCUUCACUAGUAGUACUGAGUCUCAAGGGAGCAAAGCCAUGGUAUAUGGCAUCUUGAUGGGCGUCCCAAUUGCUUUUCCCAUUCCUGAGUCUGAUGGUUGUAAGAGUGGAGUCAACUGCCCCAUUGAAAAAAACAAGACCUACAGCUACCUGAAUAAACUACCAGUGAAGAGUGACUACCCCUCUAUAAAACUGGUGGUGAAGUGGGAACUUCAGGAUGACAAAGAGAAAUGUCUCUUCUGCUGGGAAAUCCCAGUACAGAUUGAAAGCUAGAACUAUUUGAUGCCAAUAUGUCCAUCUGGGGAUGAGAGCACCUGGGUGGAGGGAGAGAAAGAGAAGUCCAGUUUAAACUAAAUCAGUGCCAUAAGAUGAAAGGAAUUUCUAGACAACUGUUUCAUGCGUCUCAACCUCCAACCGCACCUAAGACCCUAUUUCCUGAGAGCUCAGAACUGUUGCCAUUGUAAUAACAUCUUUUGUAAAAGGGUUGAAGGAAAAGGAGAGACUGUAGGGAUUGAUUUAAUUGUCUGCAGUGUUCUUUGCUGUUGGAAUAAGGAGGGUCCAGCUAGACAGGACCCAGAUGAGGCUGCUUAGGAUAUUGGUUGACUUGCCCUGGGGGUAUUGGCAUUUGCAGUGGAGGACAGGUUCCAAACCACAUCCCUCUAGCUGUGAUAGUACAUCUUCAAGUGCCUCAUUGAGUUCAGUGCAUCUGGCCCACAAGUCUGCUGACUCUUGACAACACCUCUAGCUACGCUGCAACAACAACAAUGCCCUGCUCUCCAGUGGUAUCCAGCGUUUCGGUGGAGGGGUGGUGUUUUGGGUGACUGUUCUCAGUGGUGAUCUCAUGGCUCCUUUUCUGUCUUAGGUAGUUUUCAUUAAGUGCAACACUUGAUUAGCAGGUGUUUGAUUUUUAUUUUUUUCUAAUAUUACCUUGUGAUUUCUUUCUGUACCUGGAAAUGUCCCUUUGAAUAAAUAAAAAGAUGGCAGUGUUCUGUA